UCUCUUUGAUUGAGCACUUUCAUACAGGAAGUCUCUGCAGUGUCUUCACUACACCCCAGUAGACUACUUCAAGUGAAUAGCAAGGAAAUUACCAGAAGUCGACAAAAAACUACAUCACCAAUGCUCUCAUCAAGCAGUGUUGAUGUUACUCUUAUGUUAGAAUUGUUACCUCCACUAAGGAGGUUAUGUUUUCACCCCUGUCUUGGCUGCUUGGCUGCUUGGGAGGAGGACAGGACGUGGGCCAAAAAACAACCCAUUCAAUUGAGGUGCAGAUCUGGACAAAAGGGGCUGAUCCAGGAUUCGUUCAUCACUUCUCUUCAUUGCCUAAAUUGUAGAGUAGUAGAAAAGUUUAGAAUUUAGUCCAUGAUUUUAUUGUUGACAUCAGACUUUUUUAUACCAUGUGGUCCCUGUUGUAACCUCAGGUCCACGGCAAAGGCCCUAAUAACCAUUCCACAUUCCCAGCUGGAGCAGCAGAGGGGACCAGGUCUUUUCUGUUAGAGCCCCCCCUCUUUGACAGAUGGAUCUCCAUCGGAAGAUUGUUCCAAACUCCUUAUCCACUUUAAAGAUACAUUUUAAAGUUGACCUGUCUUAGUCCUUCGGGUCUGACUUCACCUCUAACUUUUAGUAAUAUAAUUUAAUCUAUCUCCGAUCUUACCAACUGAUUGUUAUUCAAUCAUGUUAGAAUAUAUAUAUUUCCCCAAAAAUGUUAUAAUCUGUAACAUUCACCUCCUUAUAUUUAUGCUCUCAUGUUUUCUUUUAAAUAUUUUCUAUUGUUUGCCCUCAAUUCUUCACUUUUAAGUGGUACAGCACCUUGUAACUGUGCUUUGAUAGGUGCUGUAUGAAUAAUUGAAUACAAUUGUAGUAGUAGUAGUAUUAUGUACUCUAACUGCUUCAGAUGUCUCUCACCAUUUGAUUCUUUGUAAAGAAAAAAGAUUCACAUCAAAGGUAGCAGUGAUCAUGUGAUCAGUGUUGCCUUGCUGGCCAAUCAACACAAGUCUUUACUCUGAAGAGAGGAGAAAGUGUCGGGCUGUUUGUCAUUCAACACGACGAUUUCAACAUGAAGACAUCUCCGAAGUUCGUUCUCUACCUGACAUGUUUCUUCUUGGGGAAAAUGGUUCAGAUGCAUCAUUAUACCUUGUCUCAUCAAGACAGUGGAUUUAUAUCGGCUGAUGUUGGAGACAACUUGACUUUUCAGUGUUUCUAUGAGGGGAAUGACGAAAAUAUCUGCUGGUACAAACACACACCAGGACAGAAACCUCGAAUUAUCUCAAAGACGUACAAAUUCUCUAAAGAUUUUCCUUUAUUGAAUGAAUUCAAGGACAAUCAACGCUUCACUGUGGAAACUAAUGAUCUUGUGAGUCGCCUCAAUAUCUCAGAUCUGAAGCUUUCAGACUCAGCUACUUACUACUGUUUAAAGGAUAAAAGAUAUGUGUAUGACUUUAUGGAGGGCGUCACUGUCAGUGUGAAAGGUUCAGGGUUUAACAUCCAGGCUGUGGUGCAUCAGUCUGAGAGCAUCCAGCCAGGAGGCUCUGUGACUCUCAGCUGUACAGUUCACACUGGGACCUGUGAUGGAGAACACAGUGUUUACUGGUUCAAGAACUCUGAAGAACCUCAGCCAGGACUCAUUUACACCCAGGGAGACAGGAACCAUCAGUGUGAGAGGAAACCCGACAAUCAGACACACACCUGUGUCUACAACUUGUCAAUGGAGAGACUGAACCAUUCUAAUGCUGGGACCUACUACUGUGCUGUCGCUGCAUGUGGACACAUUGUGUUUGGAGACGGGACCAAAAUGGACUUUGAAGAGGUGGUGGACUAUCUUCCCUUGGUGUAUUUCCUGAGCGGAGCUUUGGUGUUCACCACAAUCCUGGUUGUUUCUCUGGCUUACACAGCACAAAGAGCGCUCAAGACAAACUUCUGCCAGGGCUCAGAAUCUCAAGCAGCUGCAGCAGCUCUGAAUGUGGAGCAGGGUCAUCAAGAUGAAGACAACCCACAUUAUGCUGCUUUAAUGGAGCACAGCUUCAGCAGAGCAAGAAGACAAACAGACAGGGAUGGGAGUGAAUGUGUGUACACCAGUGUAAAGCAGUAGAGCUGAACAUCUUACACUUCCAUACAUGAUGAAUGUAAAGCUCCUCUAUGCAAAACUAAUAAAAGAUUUAAAAAUUGUUUAAUUGA